AUGGAACAUAUUUCUAAUGAAUUGGACUCUAACAGAAUUUCACCUAAUAAACGGAAAAAAUAUACUCGCAUAAAAAAUGCUAAAACGAAUUUAAAUAAUUUGAAAGUAAAUGAAACCACUAAUGUGGCAUCUGCACCACUCACUUCUGUUCAAAGAGAAAAAAACAAGCUUGAUGGUAAAGAUGAAACAACAGAGAGUAAAAUAAAAAAACAUAAGCUAAAAAAGGCUAACAUGUUAAAUGCAGAAAAUGAGACACAAACAGUGAUUUUCGACAAGGAAAAUAGUGAAACCACUGGAGAUUUAAAGAAUAAACAAAACGGAAAGAAAAUGGUAAAGCAAGCAAAUAAAGAUAAAAAGGAAGAUUCAGAUAAAAAAGAUAAAACUGAGGGGGCAGAUACAAAUGCCGAAACAGAGGCAGAAAAAAAAGAAAAAUUGAAAGAAGCACGAAAAAUCAGAAAGGAGUUAAAAGAAAAGAAAAACAACCCUAUAAACAUUAGUAUCGACACUAUACAAGAACAAAUUGAUAAUAUUUACAAAGAACCAACAAAAGACACAAAACAAAUAAUUUUAGAACUAAAGAAUACUCUAAAUAUUGUGGACACUUCCAAUGGAAUUAAAAAAAUUGAUGGAUUGAAUAUUCAUGAAAUAAAAACACUAGACUCAUGGUACUUUGCAAAUAAGCUAAAAAUUAUCCCUUGCCUAUUUGAAGAUAAACCGAUAAAUGUGAAUUUGCUGAAUUCGUUGUAUUGUAUGGAACCGUCUUUUAGAAAUAAAAAAGGGAAAAUAAUCAUUUAUUUAAAAUUUGUGAAAAAGAAAUAUGAAAAAUCAUUAAAGAGAGGUAGUCAGGGCAAAGGACAGGAAAGUGAUGAGGACAACAGUGAUCAGAAAGAUGGAGACAAAGGUGCAAAGAAAUACGAAAGCCUAGACAAAAACAAAGGCAGACUUGAGCAUUGCAGAGACAAAAUUAUGAGCAUUUUAUAUAACAAUUGUGAAAAUUUAAAAGAAAAGGAGUAUAUGAAAAAUAUAAUUGAAUUUAUGAAGAAUGAAAACAGUUUUAUCAACUUGAAGUAUUAUUUUGAUUUUCUAUUAAAUUCUUCCAUUGAUAUGUAUGAUGUAUUCCUAGAGGAAGAUGGACUUUUAUGCAUUAAGCUCAUUUUACAAAACAUAGCUAAGAAGAAGCGCAUGAAAAAAUGUACCAUUUUGCUAACCCAUAUGUUAAAUUUAUUAAAGAAAUUAAAUAUCACUUUGGAUCAUUUAAGAGAUACCUUAAUCGGGAUUCCAAUUAAUUUUAUCUCGAGAAAUAAGGUAGAUGAAAAGAAUGAUUUCAACUACACAACUGAUAAUGAGAAUGUUAGAAACAUGGCCAAGCAGCUAAUAAACGAAUGGAAGCUUAUCCGAGAUAAGGCCUUAAAUGACAGGGACAAAAAUAAGGGCAUUAAAUCGAUGCAAGACGAAAGUAGGACCCAAAUGGAGGGGAAUAUUUCAUCCAGAGAUUAUAUGAACAGUAAAAUGGACAUCUCGUCAGAUAUUAAGAGCAAAGUGGAAACCCCAGGUGAUGCAUACAAGAAAGUGGACACCUCAGCAGAUAUUAAAAGCAAGGUAGAGACCCCAGAUGAUGUUAACAGCAAGGUAGAGACCCCAGAUGAUGUUAACAGCAAGGUAGAGACCCCAGAUGAUGUUAACAGCAAGGUAAAGACCCCAGAUGAUGUUAACAGCAAAGUAGACACCUCAGAGCAUACAGAUACUCAAACUCUUCAAAUGAAAAGUAAAACAAUGGAUUGUCGUCCUAAGGACAAACUUUAUGAUGACGUGAACGAUAAUGGCGUUAAAAAAAGCAAAUCUCUGAACCUUAAAGUAGAUGACAAAAAAAGUAAAAUGGAUUUAAAAGAUGAGAAGGGAGGCAAGAGCUUUUCACAUUUAGAGCAGAAAAAUACAAUAAAUUUUUCUAAAGUUAAGGAUAAAAUAAAAUCAGAAAAAUCAAAAGAAAACAAAAACAUUAUGCUAGAAAUAAUAGAUACUUUAAAUGAAGAAUAUGAGAAGAAAAAAAAAAGACAUCAAGAGUAUAAAAAGGCAAAAAUAGAAGGAAAAAUAAAAAAAUAUAGUGCUUUAAAAAAUACAUCAGAAAGUAGCAAAAAUGAAAAACUCAUCAACGAUAUAGCGAAUAUUUCCAAAUCCCAUUUGGAUAAUACAUUAAUUAAAAAAAUGAACUUGAGAGAUUUGCCUCCCCCACCUCCACCUCCUAUUUCAAUUCUUCCUCCAUUUCACCAUGAUCGUAUAAAUAAGAAAUUUCCAGAAAACAAAAACAGCACGAUGAACAAUUAUAAUUUGAAUAAUACAAUGAAACAAAAUGUUAAUAUGAUGAAUAAUGACAUGAAUUAUUUAAAAAAUAAAAGUGGCAUUUCUUAUGUUCCAUCUGGUAGCAGUAAUCAGAUCCAUGAUGAAAAGUAUAGAGAAGUAAACAAUUAUAAAGUUCAACCAAAAGAAAAAAAACUACUGGGAAAUAAUUUUAAUCGAAUGAAAGAUGAAACCUUUGGUAAAUUUCACAACAAAAAAAGAAGAAACAUGUCACCAAGGGACAGUAACCCAGAUGGCUCUUCCUAUCAACAUAUGACCAAAUGGGGAGAACAUCCAACCGAGAAUCCUAUACACGAUUAUCCAUAUAAGGGUAAAAAGAGUAGUGGUAGUAAAACUGUUCAGUUUGUUGAUGAAGAUCCAACAGUGUAUUCAUAUGAUGCUCCUAGAUUGAAUAGAAACAAAGAAAAGGAAAUCAAAAACCAAAUGAGUGAUAUCAACAAUUCAAUUAAAGACCCAUUUGAAUACUAUUGUGGUAAUAACUACAACGAAAGAGAUAUAAACCAGAGAGAAAUUCAUAAUUUGACAAAUAGAGAAGGAAAUAAUCAUAAAAUGGCAAAUAAUAAUAACACCACAUCAUUUUAUACCAGUGAUAACAAUACUGCUAACAGCAUUGAUAAUCGAAAAGAAGAGGAUACCCUUUUGAGUACUUUCAAAAACUCGUUUAUGAACAUGUUGAACUUUAAAAAUAUACCCCAAGAAGGGGACAAAAUGGUGGAAAGCACAAUGGAAAAAAAAUUAUCAGUGCACGCUAGUUCCAUUUUAAAUGACAAUGCAAACACCCCCUUAAGCGUACUUAACCAAAAUUUGCUAAAAGGCAGUGGAAAUCAUACGGAAGAACGAAGCCUCAACAAACUGAGUGAUGCCAAUUUUGAUUUAUACAGUCGACAAAAUAACAACAACAAUAAUAAUAGUAAUAGCAAUAAUAGCAAUAUUAGAAAUGAUAAUAACAACCGAGAUGAUGAUAAAUUUGCGAGUUCAUCAAGUGGUGACAAUGCUGCACAUAUAAAAGAAAAGCUAAACAGUGCAUUGAACGAAAUAUUUAAAAAUUAUAAACAUUUUGAAAAUGUAAAAAUAAAUUAUCAAGUUGCUAUAAAAGGAAACCAUUAUCCCCCUAAAAUGUAUGAAGAUAGCGAAAUGCUAAAAAAUGAUGUAAUUAUCAAAUUUAAUUAUAACAAUUUAGAAAAAGUUCCCAUAUAUUUAAUAUAUAAUGAUAUAUCAAAUGUGUCACCAAAUAUAUACAAACCUAAAAUGAUAAAUAUUAAUAAUAACUCAUCAAAUCUUAUGCCCAAGGAAUUUAACAUGUUACCAUUACCUCAGUUAUUUACACCGCCUAAUUUAAAUGAUCUCAAAUUACCACCUAUUAUUCCAAUAAUACCUACUCUUCCUUCAUCUCAAAACAUUAUCCCUCCAAUUAUAUUCCCCUACAAUUCCGGCCCAUUUAAUGAACAACUUGAUAGCAUGAACAAUCUUCCCUACAACCAAAUGAAAAGUAGUACCAUGGAAGACAAAAUCGAUGAUGGCAAGUUGUACAAAUCAUUUGACGAAUUUCUAAACAUUUUUGAUGUGGACUUUCGGAAUAUUCUUCUCAAAAAUACAGAUCUGGCUAAAUUACUCAUGAGCAAACCUGAUGUAGUGAAGAAGAUGCUGAAGGGCCCUAAGUACAUUAAUGAGGCUUUGUGUUCCUUGGAAGAGGAGCUGAAAAGUUGGAAUAGAUCCUCCAACUAA